UGACGACCUCGUCACCUUUGUGAAGAAGCGUCUGGGGCUUGACGAGCUCAUCACAUUUGUAAAGAAGCGCCUGGGCCUGUCAGUCACGCACCUCACCGCCUCAGAAGCGCACAAGGCACACUCCCUGCUCGCUGCUUCCAACGCCAUCGCCCUCGCCCUCCUCCAUUCCCUCAAGGGCCCUGAGGCAGAGGCUUUCGCAGAAGCUUCCCGCGACAUCGACGAUAUCGAGUUCAUUGCGACGACAGACGCCAACAUUGCUGCAGAAUUCAGAAUUGUGAGCAAGGAGCGGCCGGCAGUGGCGGUGAUCAAGAAGGAGGACGAGAAAUUCGUGGCUCAUGACGGUCCCUUCACCAGCAGUGCCAUUGCCGCGUUUGUAACAGCCAACAAGCUGCCUCUGGUUACCACCUAUGAUGAGGAGAGCCAGUACACUAUAUUCAACAGCGAUAUCAAGAAGCAAGUGCUGUUGCUGGCAACGAAUGAGACCUACGCGCAGCACCUGCCAGUGGUGAAAGAGGCAGCAAGGCGGGUGAAAGGACUGGCCCUCUUUGUGUACAUCAACAGCGACCUUCCAGACUCAGAGCAUGCACUCGAGUACUUUGGCUUCAGGCACGGCGAUACUGCGAUCAUGGGCAUGGUGUCCAAUGAGACGAAUGAGGUCAAGUUCAAGUUCAAUGGCCAGCUUACCACGGAAGACAUCGAGGCCUUUGCCCGUGAGCUUGCUGCUGACCGUCUGGAGCCAUACUACCUCUCCGACCCCAUCCCAGAGAAGAACGACGGUCCAGUGCUGACGGUGGUGGGGAAAAACUUCAAGCACAUUGUGAUGGACAGAACCAAGGACGUGCUACUCAAGAUCGACGUGGAUCACUGUGACGACUGCAUCGACCUCCACCCCACCUUCAAGAAGCUCGCUCUCAAGUUCUCGGACGCACCCUCGCUGGCCUUUCCACGCAUGAACGCACAUGCUGUCUUCUUUCCUUCCUCCCUUGCGUUUCCCCUUCUCCCCUCUAACCCCUCUCUUCCACAGAUAGACGUGGAUCACUGUGACGACUGCACCGAUCUCGAUCCCACCUUCAAGAAGCUCGCCCUCAAGUUCUCUGGCGUGCCAUCGCUUGCUUUUGCCCGCAUGAACGCACGCAACAACGAGUACCCGGGCCUGGAGGUGAGUGAUCGGACAAAGGUAGGCCAACUGUGCAGCUCUGUGCAGCGCUGCUCCGCUCGCAAGGUCACCACCUGUGUGCCCUCACUCGUCUUUGAGCGCAUGAACGCACGCAACAAUGAGUACCCGGGCCUGGAUGUGAGUGGGCGAUCACCCCAAAACUGA